AUGAUAUUCCCUAUUUUGCCUGUUAUAUCUUCUCCAGAAGAUAAGCAAUCUAUUGACGAGUUUUCCUUAGUUGGUCAAGUACUUUUCCCAAUUGAAAGUGUUAGUCCCAAGAAACAUUUUAUUCAUCAAUUUCCUCAUGACUUGGAUAUUUUUGUAAAUGCUAUUGAUAAUGCCACCACCGACCAAAUUGUCGAGUUGUUGAAUGUGGGAAUUAAGCAGGUGUUUGUUAAUGAGAAGCAAUACCAUGACGCCAUUGAAGCUGGUUCACCAAGCUCUAGGUUUGUUGUAGCAGUCGAUGUUCCAAGUACUGAAUUAUUGACAUCUGAAGCAUCCUUUGUUACUUCUAAACCAUUUUCCGAAAGUGAUUUAAAGAAAUAUAAUGCCAAUGAAAACCGAGUUAUAUACAUUGAGUCUAACUUUACUCAGGAUGGAGCCAUUGAAUUGGCUAAAAACUACGUUCCAGUGAUUCCAAGCACAAAAUUGACUGUCAAACGUGAAGAAGAGAACAAGAUAUCAAUUUCUGCAGUGUUUGUUAGUACUUUGACUACCGACAGACCAGAUGGGUUGUACACUACAUUAAUCACAACCCCUUCACCUUCCUAUACAGCUUUGGGUAUAGUAUAUUCGUCCAAGGACUCGAUAAUUGCUGCAAUUGAAGAAAAAGUUGGGGUUUACCAAUCACGUAAACGCAGAGACGAAUUGUGGUACAAGGGCAAGACCAGUGGUGCAACACAAAAGUUGGUAAAGUUAUCCAAGGAUUGUGACUCUCAUGUGAUUCAGUUUAUGGUGGAGCCACGAACUGGGUAUGGGUUCUGUCACCGUGAAACCAAAUUCACAUGUUUUGGUGACGAUAUUGCCGACUCUCCAGCUAGAGGAUUGCCGAAAUUAGAUAGUACUUUGCAAGACAGAUUGGAAAAUGCACCUGAAGUGUCCUACACUAAACGUUUAUUUGAUGACGAGAAACUAUUGAUUGCCAAGUUGAAGGAAGAGUUGGAUGAAUUGAUUGAGGCUAAAUCAAAGGAAGAAAUUGCCUGGGAGUGUGCUGAUUUGGUUUAUUUUGCCAUGGUUUGGUGUAUCAAACACGGGGUGAGAUUGGCUGAUAUUGAGAAGAAUUUGGAUGUAAAGUCCUUGAAGGUUUCAAGAAGAAAAGGCGAUGCCAAGCCCCAAUACCAAGAAGCUCCUGUAAAUAGCAGUUACAAGCUAGAGAUUGUUAGUGUUGACGAUGCUGCUGCUGUUGAGCGUGCAAUGACAAGACCUGUACAAAAGACUGCAGACAUUAUGAAACUCGUGCUUCCUAUUAUUGAAAAAGUCAAGUCUGAUGGAGACAAAGCACUUAUUGAGUUGACUUCCAAGUUUGAUGGUGUAAAACUUGAUGCUCCUGUUUUACAAGCUCCGUUCCCGGCUGAUUUGAUGGAUAUUUCAGAAGAAAUGAAGGCUGCCAUUGACUUGUCCAUGCAAAAUAUCGAAAAGUUCCAUGCUGCACAAUUACCAAAAGAAAAAGUUAUGACAGUAGAAACCAGUCCCGGCGUAUAUUGUUCUAGAUUUGCUAAGCCGAUUGAGAAUGUUGGGUUGUAUGUUCCAGGCGGAACAGCAGUGUUGCCCUCUACAGCAAUGAUGUUGGGUGUGCCUGCAAAAGUUGCUGGGUGUAAGAACAUUAUUGUUGCAUCUCCUCCAUCACGUGCUACAGGGAAGUUGACGCCAGAAGUUGUUUAUGUUGCGCACAAAUUGGGAGCUAAAUGUAUUGUUAUGGCAGGUGGUGCGCAAGCAGUUACGGCAAUGGCGUAUGGUACUGAAAGUGUACUCAAGUGCGACAAGAUUUUGGGUCCAGGCAAUCAAUUUGUUACUGCUGCCAAGAUGUAUGUUCAAAAUGACACCCAAGCAUUGUGCUCUAUUGAUAUGCCUGCUGGUCCGUCUGAAGUUUUGGUGAUUGCUGACUCUAACGCCGAUGCUGAUUUUGUUGCUAGUGAUUUGCUUUCACAAGCUGAACAUGGUGUUGAUUCUCAGGUCAUUCUUAUUGGGGUUGGUUUGAGCGAUGAAAAGUUGAAUGAGUUCCAAGCUGCAGUGGAGAGACAAGCUAAAGUGUUGCCAAGAAAGGAUAUUGUUGCUAAAUGCUUGGCUCAUUCGUAUAUUUUAUUGGCUAAAACCUACAAGGAAGCAUUUGAUUUGUCAAACCAGUAUGCACCUGAACAUUUGAUUUUACAAAUCGAUGAUGCACCAUCGUAUGUUCCUGAUCUGAUUGAGAAUGCCGGUUCAGUAUUUGUUGGUGCAUUGUCUCCUGAAUCGUGUGGUGAUUACUCAAGUGGGACGAACCAUACUUUGCCAACUUAUGGUUAUGCCAGACAAUAUUCUGGAGUCAAUACUGCUACUUUCCAGAAGUUUAUUACUUCCCAAGAGGUUACUGAAAAAGGUCUUCAGAAUAUCGGUAAAGCAGUCAUGGAGUUGGCAAGAGUUGAAGGGUUAGAAGCUCAUAGAAGAGCAGUAGAGAUUAGAAUGGAGAGAAUGGCUGAAACCAAAUAA